AUGCCGGCAACUCUCCGCAAGCAGCGGCAGCGCUGCCGCUGCUCGCGGAGAGGUCCGCGAAGCCUGGGCGCGCUGAUCUCAGCGCGCGCAGGCUUCGGCAUGCCGGCAACUCUCCGCAAGCAGCGGCAGCGCUGCCGCUGCUCGCGGAGAGGUCCGCGAAGCCUGGGCGCGCUGUUCUCAGCGCGCGCAGGCUUCGGCAUGCCGGCAACUCUCCGCAAGCAGCGGCAGCGCGGCCGCUGCUCGCGGAGUGGUCCACGAAGCCUGGGCGCGCUGUUCUCAGCGCGCGCAGGCUUCGGCAUGCCGGCAACUCUCCGCGAGCAGCGGCAGCGCUGCCGCUGCUCGCGGAGAGGUCCGCGGAGCCUGGGCGCGCUGAUCUCAGCGCGCGCAGGCUCGGCAUGCCGGCAACUCUCCGCAAGCAGCGGCAGCGCUGCCGCUGCUCGCGGAGAGGUCCGCGGAGCCUGGGCGCGCUGA